AUGGUUGUGCAGGUGAACAAGGAAGAGAAGAAAGGGACAAAAAUUGUGCUCACAAAGCCGUUGACUUUUGAAGGGGAAUCUGAUUCAGACGAGGCUUAUAGAGCCCCUAAUCUUUUGCAACGUAUACUAAGUUUAUUCAAGAAUGUACGGCCAGGAUCUGAUCUCACACGCUUCCAGCUGUCACCUAUGUUUAACAUACCAAAGUCACAACUUCAGUGCUAUGGUGAAUCGGUGUAUUGCAAUGCUUUGGACUUGCUAAGCAUGUGCAACAGUGGGCAGAGUCCGCUUGAUAGGUUCAUAUCUGUGGUAGCAUGGUGCAUAUCUACAACACGCCCUGCCACUUUUGGUGUUGCUCCUUAUAAUCCCAUUCUUGGUGAGACACACCAUGUUUCAAAGGGAAAUCUUAAUGUGUUAUUGGAGCAGGUUUCACACCACCCUCCAGUAACUGCCCUCCAUGCAACAGAUGAGAGGGAAAACAUAGAAAUGAUAUGGUGCCAGCAACCUGUUCCAAAGUUUUAUGGUACAUCAGUUGAAGCUCAAGUGCAUGGUAAACGGCAACUGAAGCUCCUAAAUCAUGGUGAAACAUAUGAAAUGAAUUGUCCUCACCUUUUAUUUAGAAUUCUUCCGAUUCCUGGAGUUGAUUGGGUUGGUCCAGUUAAUAUACGGUGCCUAGAGACUGGCCUAGUAGCUGAGUUGUCCUUCAGAUCAAGUCAUUCUUUUCUAGGCCUCGGAGGAAAUCAUAAAGUGAUCAAAGGGAAGAUCAUUGACUCUUCAUCUUUGAAAGUUUUAUAUGAAGUUGAUGGUCAUUGGGAUAGGAUUGUACAAUUGAAGGACAAAAAUAAUGGGAAAGUGAGAGUAAUAUAUGAUGCAAAGGAAGUAAUUUCAGGUCUCCAAACUCCUAUUCUCAAGGAUGCAGAGUGUGUGUGGCCAACAGAAUCAGCCCAUGUAUGGAGUGAAUUGAGCCAAGCCAUUAUGAGCAAAGAAUGGGAAAAAGCAAGAGAAGCAAAGCAAGCAGUGGAGGAAAGACAAAGGGAGCUCACGAAAGAAAGAGAGUCAAAAGGAGAAACUUGGGUUUCUAAGCAUUUUAUGGUAUCUUAUAGCAAAGAUGUAGGGUGGGAAUGUUCACCUAUUCAUAAAUGUGUCUCAGUUGCCCCUAUUGUAUCUGAAUAA